UUCUGAUUUGGAUUGGUCCUCUGUUUAAUUACUUGCCAAAGGCAGUACUCGCAUGUAUAAAUGUUGUCAGUCUAAGACAGAUGUUCAUCCAGUUCCAGGAGCUACCAGAAUUAUGGAAAAUCAGCAAAACUGACUUUUCUGUGUGGGUAGUCACGUGGUUGGCAGUAGUGAUCCUUAAUGUAGAAGUGGGCCUGAUGGUUGGAGUUGUUUUCUCUAUGAUGACGGUGGUUUGCCGAACCCAAAGGACCCAGUGCUCCGUCUUAGGAAGAGCAGUCAAUACAGAAAUAUACCGACCAGUGGACCAAAAUGACAAGUGUUAUGAAAUACCAGGAGUGAAGAUCCUGUCCUAUAAUGCUCCGAUCUACUAUGGCAACAGGAACAUUUUUAAAGAAACCAUGUGCCAAAUUGUGGGACUGACACAAGAAAAAAUCCGAAAGAGAGAAAAGGUCUUAAAA